AUGGACACUCAAUCAGAUGCAGCGAUAAAGUUCAAGAGAAUCGGCAUUGUUGGCGCAGGAAACAUGGGGUCCAUGAUGGGAUUUGCCUUUUCCGAACUUGGCCUUGACGUCUCUGUUUGGGAUGUCAAGAGUGCCAAUAUUGAUGCCUUCAUGAAGCAGGUCAACCAGUGCAAGGGAUUGAAAGGCAAGAUUACCGGCUUUUAUGACAUACCAGGUUUCGCCGCAAGCUUGGGAGAGCGCGGCGACCGAAAGGUGUUUAUCAUUUCCAUCACGCACGGCGACCCGACGGAUCAAGUAUUGAGUAAACUCAGGCCUGAGCUAAACGAGGGAGACAUCAUUAUGGACGGCGGCAAUGAGCACUAUCGAAAUACGGAGAGGAGACAAAGGGAAUGCAGAGACAUCGGCGUAGACUGGAUCGGGAUGGGGGUUUCGGGCGGCUAUCAGUCGGCUCGCCAUGGGCCAAGCCUGUCGCCAGGAGGAGAUAAUACUGCGUUGGAGGAAGUCAUGCCGCUGCUGGAACUCUAUGCGGCCAAAGACCCCAAAUCAGGCGUGCCAUGUGUAUCGAACAUCGGGCCGGGGGGCUCUGGCCAUUUUGUAAAGAUGGUGCAUAACGGCAUCGAGGUCGGCAUGCUUUCUGCCCUCUGCGAAGCCUGGGGUUUCCUCAACACCGGCAUGGGGCUCGACUACCCUCAGAUUGGACAAGUAUUCCAGCAGUGGAACAAUGAUGGGGAACUGCAUGGCACUUUUCUUGUCAAGAUUGCCGCGGAUGUUUGCAAGGCAAGAAAACGCGACGGCGGCGGCUACGUCCUCGACGACGUGCUCGACAAGGUCGUACAAGACGACGAUGCUUCAGAGGGAACACCAUCAUGGUCAAUUGCAGAAUCCGCCUCGAGGCACGUAUCGUGCCCGACACUCGCCGCGGGCCUUUUUUUCCGCAUUGCUUCGGGGAAUCGCCAAGAACGGCUCGAGGUCGCCGAGAGCGUCGUCAUGCCCGCGCCACGGUCCUUUCAAGACAUGACCGACAAGGACAAGAUGGUCCAGGACCUUCGCAGAGCCGUAUAUUGCGCCUUUUUGGCGUCGUACUGCCAGGGGCUGGAGCUGAUUACGCGGGCAUCGAUUGAUGAAGGCUGGGAUAUCCGUCUGUCUGAAUGCAUUCGAAUCUGGCGCGCAGGGUGCAUCAUACAGUCAGAGGUCAUCGCCGACAUGCUGGAGCCGGUCCUAAACACGAACAAGACGCCUACAAAUGCCAAACUGGACAGCUGCGUCGGGCGAGAGCUGCAGCGCAACUAUGGCGUACUGAAGGAUAUCGUCUCCCGGGGGCUUGCGCACGACCACUACAUGCCUGCCCUUUCCGCAACGCUGGAGUAUAUGAAGUACGGCGGCGGUACGAUGCUGCCCACAAGAUUUAUGGAAGCUCAGAUGGAUUAUUUCGGGGCUCACUCAUAUGACAAGCCUGGUGUGCCAGGAGAAGACCCUGGGCCGGUGGGAAAAGGCGCACAUCACUACGAGUGGAAGCCUGCUUAG